AUGGCUAUGUAUGAUAUUGCCUUUUCUUCAAACCACAGCCAAAUUAAUGGAAUCGAAGAAGAAGAAGUAGUUGUAGUGAUGAUACCUUUUUUAUUACAAGGUCAUCUCAAUCAACUCCUCAAUAUCUCUCGAGUAAUUUCUUCCUACAAUUUACCAAUCUAUUAUCUUUCCUACGCUGACAAAAUUAAGCAAGUUAAAAAUCGUGUUUAUGGUUGGGACCCUCUAACCACUUGCAACAUCUAUUUCCAUGAAUUCCCAAAUCCACCAUCUGGUGAACAAUAUUCUUCAAAUAAAUCUUUGUCCGAAAGGGAGUCACAAAAAUUCAUACUACCCCUCCUUGAAGAAACCCUUAUGUUGCGCGAGCCUGUGGGGGCAUUCUUACAAGAGGUUUCCAAAAAAACACGCAAGGUAGUAGUCAUUUAUGACUCUAUGAUGGCUAGUGUUGUUGAAGACGUUGCUUCUAUACCAAAUGCAGAGGCCUAUUGUUUCAACUCCUCGUCUGCUUUUAUGAUAAGUUCCAUGUAUGUGGAAGAGGAACUAAUACGACUCCAUCUCCCCUUGUUUAUUGGCAAAUUUGCCGCGAGAGUUCUACUCCCAAGUGGAUUUGAAUUUCCCAAUAAUCUUCCGUCCUAUCAAAGUAGUUUCAUACCCGAGUUUAUGGACUUUAGUAUAAGGCAAGACUUGUAUAAAAAAUUCUGCUCUGGAAACCUUUACUACACAUGCAAGGCGAUUGAGGGGCCUUAUAUCGAUGUUCUUGCAAGGUUCAAUAGGUUACUAAGAAGAAGCCCUAAGCAAUGGGCUAUAGGUCCAUUACUUUCAAUCGCGACCAUAAAUGAUGAUCAAAACAACAUUAAUCGUCAUGGGUGUUUGAAAUGGCUAGACAAACAAGAACCAAACUCUGUAAUAUUAGUGUCAUUUGGAACAACAACUUCCUUAUCCACAGAGCAAAUCAAAGAGCUCGCUAUAGGGUUGGAAAAGAGUCAACACAAGUUCAUUUGGAUAGUGAGUGAUGUGUUGUUAAAAGAAGGCGAACAAGUUCAAAUUCCCAAAGGUUAUGAAGAGAGAGUACAAGGAAGAGGGCUCGUGGUGAAGGACUGGGCACCCCAAUUGGAAAUCUUAGGGCACUCAGCAACAGGAGGUUUCUUGAGUCACUGCGGGUGGAAUUCUGUACAAGAGUCUGUUACUAUGGGAGUUCCAUUAGCCACAUGGCCUAUGAUUUUUGACCAUCCAAGGAUUGCAGUGCUUGUCACAAAGGUCCUCAAAAUUGGCAUCACAGUGAAGGAUUGGGAACGACGUGAUGAGUUAAUUACAUCCAUAACUAUUGAGAUCGCGCUAAGAAAAUUGAUGGCUUCCCCAGAAGGAAAUGAGGUGAGGAAGAAUAUGGUUGAAUUAAGUAAAAAAGUGAGACAAUCCAUCACUCUUGGUGGGGAUUCUAAGAGAGAGAUGGAUUCUUUCAUUGCUUACAUUACUAGAUCAAGUUCAAUUUGUAGGUGUGCUUGUUUCUGA